UUCCUAACCUGACUUUAGAAUUGUCAGCGGCAUUCGAAACCCAGCCGUGCGAGGUACUGUUUAGCAGUUCGAGAAACCAGAGCACAGCGCGUAAAUUCGCGUGUUAAAAACGUUCGCAUUUCUACAUAGAUAAAGAAAGAUUCCUAGAAGAGGAGAUUCGUGUUGUCGCACAGCGAACGAUGGAGAUUGAGUGUGAAGAAGCCGUUGAAUCGCGUUCGCCGGCAACAGCACCGCGUGAGACCUCAAAUGGCAAUGACGAAAUGACCAAGGCAGAGAGCGAAGCUGAUCAGGCGCAACCGACCAAGGACUUUCGCAAUCCGACAAGCACGGAAACUUUGUCGGAAUUCAGCGAGUCUUCGGAGUUGGACCUUCCCGCCUCUUCACAGUCAGGCGUACUAUCCGAUACAUUACCGGAACGACUGGUAAGUCUUGCGAUAUCGGAGCAGACGAGGGACGCCGGCUCGGCAGAUUCUAUCUGCAUCUACAAGUAUGACUGGUCCGCAGCGCCGAGGUUGUUACGCGUGGCUACCAAGGAAUACCAGUCCGCAAACACGCGCGAGAAUUUUACAAAAGGUUGCCAGUGGUCCCCGGAUGGGACGUGCUUGCUUGUACCGUCGGAAGACUUCGGCAUACGCAUCUACGAGCUUCCCAGAGAGCUUUACUCCGGCCAGGUCCCAUCUGAUUUCGUACAGAACGACUUCGCGUCCGCUUUGAUGGUUAAAGAAGGUGGCCUGGUGUACGAUACCUGCUGGUAUCCCUUCAUGAAUUCAUGGGACCCCGCGACGUGCUGCUUCCUCAGUACCAGCAGAGAGAGUCCUGUUCAUAUGUGGGAUGCGUUCACGGGAGAGCUGCGUGCCACGUAUCGAGCCUACAAUCAAGUUGACGAGGUAGAAGCGGCUAUCAGCGUUCAAUUCGUGCAGUCGGGAAGGGAGAUAUGGUGCGGUUUCAAGAACGCCGUGAGAACCUUCGACACGGACCGUCCCGGGCGUCAAACGUAUGACAUUCAGUUUAAACACGACUUUCCGAAUAUGAUGGGAUUGGUCUCGUGUAUCCGUGAAAACCCAAUCAUGUCAGGCCUGGUUGCCUUCGGCACGUAUUCCAAGUGUAUCGGUCUGUACAAAGACGGACCAUUGUGCACCUUCAAGACCGGGAGCGGUGUAACACAAAUAGAAUUUAGCCCUUGCGGAAUGAAGCUGUUCUCGGCUGUCCGGAAAAAUAGUGAAUUUCUAUGUUGGGACCUCCGCAAACCUGGAAAUGUGCUUUAUUCCCUCGAAGGAAGGCAAUCGGAUACCAAUCAAAGAAUACAGUUCGCUCUUACGUUUGACAGCAAACAAAUAAUCUCUGGUGGUGUCGAUGGAAAUAUCAUUGUGUGGGAAUUACCAGAAACUACAAAUGAAGAGGAUUUGAACCCGAAAUAUAAAAUAAGACUGUCCAAAGAUUGUAUAAAUGGAAUAAGCUUGCACCCAAGUCUACCUAUAAUAGCAACCAGUUCUGGACAAAGCUUUUCCGUAAAAGGGACGCUAGGGAUCGAAGAGGAGGCAAUGACGGAGGCGUGCGACAGCGCCAUGCCCCGGGCCAUAUACACCGCGCGGAAGAACGCGUACUGGUGGACGGAGGAGAUAGCUGAAUUAAGGCGCUCCGCCAUCCGAGCCAGACGCGCCUUACAACGGGCGAGGAGAAAAGCCGGUUCCUCCGGGGCAUACCUGGAGGAAUUGAAGGAGAUACACCGGGAGCGGCGGGCGGAGCUGAAGGCCGCUAUCAAAAAGUCCAAGGAAAAGGCGUGGGAGGAAAUGAUUUGGAGCAAAAUAAUAAUGCAACAAGAGAAUAUUCUUCUAUAAAAUCCUUUCUCUCCAACCUAUAGAAGCGUUGCUCUUUAAAGGAAUUACGAUGAUCAAAUCGAGCAUUAGCUUGUCGUGCAAUAGGCCAUCACCUAUCCGCGUCUUAAAUAUAUAAAAAGAUGCUAAAAAUUAUCUGACUAAAAUCUAGUAAUCUUACAGUGACUUAAAAUACAAAUUUUGAU